AUGAGUAUACCAGAGAAUGAGUCGAGGCUUGCCCCCCAAUAUCCCGGCGAUGAUACUCGACCGACGAGCAGGAGGGAGCUUGCCGGUUGGUACUGCUAUGGUUGGGCUGCAGAGGUAUUUGUUGUCUGUGCCAUGGGUUCAUUUCUUCCGAUAACUCUGGAGCAGAUGGCCCGAGAUCGGGGAGUCCUUCUGUCAGACAAAACGACACCGUGCAGCGCAACAUGGAGUCCCUCCCUGCCACCGCCAGGAUCGGAUGUCCCGAUAUAUCAGCUCCAGGGGUCAGAUGGCGGCCAGUGCAUCAUUUAUUUCCUCGGUGCUGAGAUAAACACGGCAAGCUUUGCUUUGUAUACCUUUUCACUGAGCGUUUUGGUCCAAGCUGUCCUGAUUAUCUCAAUGUCAGGUGCCGCUGACCAUGGAAGUUAUCGCAAGACGCUUUUGGUUAUCUUUGCUGUUAUUGGCUCAAUCGCUACGAUGUUAUUUUUGGUUGUUGUUCCCAAAGUUUACCUUCUGGGUGGCCUGCUUGCAAUUAUUUCGAAUACUUGCUUUGGUGCAUCCUUUGUUCUCCUCAACUCAUUUUUGCCUGUUUUGGUCCGACACCACCCGUUAUUGUUGGAAGAAGAAAUUGAGGCAACGACAUCUGGUGAUUCUCAGGCACAAUUUAGGGAAUCCUCUAUUUCUUCCUCGACUGGAAAUAUUGAAAGGGCACAAAUGGAUGAUACCAUGCCGCUACUACCGCCCGAUAGGGUAUCCGAGGCGACUAUCACCACUAUGACUUCCCUGGAGCUCAAACUUUCUACCAGAAUCUCAUCCAACGGCAUUGGCAUCGGAUACAUCGGUGCAGUGGUCUUGCAGAUACUUUCCAUAUUGGUCGUGGUAGUCGUGCGUCCGCCAACGUUCUCGUUGCGUCUUGUUCUAUUCCUAAUCGGAUUGUGGUGGUUCGUGUUCACCAUACCGGUAGCGGUGUGGCUCCGCCCUCGUCCUGGUCCACCACUAUUGGGAGGCGACGGUAAAUCGCUUCAUUCCUGGAUCGGAUACCUGGUGUACGCCUGGAAGUCUAUUGGAAAAACCGCAAUGCGGGCUCGCCACCUGAAAGACAUCGCGAUUUUCCUUGCUGCUUGGUUCCUUCUUAGCGAUGGGAUUGCAACUGUCAGUGGCACUGCGGUGCUGUUUGCAAAGACUCAAUUAGAUAUGAAGCCGGCUGCCCUGGGACUGAUCAAUGUAAUCGUUAUGCUCGCGGGGGUAUUUGGUGCAUUCUCUUGGAGUUAUGUCUCAACGUUCUUCAACCUCCGGGCAUCACAGACGAUCAUCGCAUGUAUCAUCUUAUUCGAGCUCAUUCCGCUCUAUGGCCUUUUAGGGUUCAUCCCAGCCGUGAAGCGCGCGGGGCUUGGUCUCCAUCAACCCUGGGAGAUGUACCCCCUCGGAGCAGUCUAUGGACUUGUCAUGGGUGGGCUCUCGUCCUACUGUCGAAGCUUUUUUGGUGAGCUCAUUCCUCCGGGCUAUGAAGCAGCCUUCUAUGCGCUUUAUGCCAUUACCGACAAGGGAUCAAGCAUUUUUGGUCCUGCUAUUGUCGGUGCCAUUACCGAUCGUUACGGUGAAAUCCGACCAGCGUUUGCAUUCCUAGCCGUACUUAUCAUUGUGCCACUACCGCUUAUGCUUUUGGUGGAUAUUGACCGCGGAAAACGAGAUGCCAAGGCAUUGGGGGCUGAACUGGACGGCAUACCAAAAUCGUCUGGAUAUGGGUCUAUACCUGGAGGUCCGGUUGAGGAUGAUGGGUUCGAAUAG